UAUUUUUUAAGGUAGGGAUCACACUCCCUUCUUUUACAUGUGCAUAUACAGUUUUCCCAGCACCAUUUGAAAAGUCUAUUUUUCCCCAUUGUUCCUGCUGGCACCCUUGUUAAAGAUCAUUUGAGCAUAUAUGUGAGGGUCUAUUUCUGGGCUCUGUAUUCUGUCCCAUUGGUCUAUGAGUCUAUCUUUACGCCAGUACCAGGACUGCUACCUCUGGACCAAUUACAGCUGUAGCAUCUGUGUAGCCUUCUCUCCCUAUAGAGGGAAAAUGCACUGAGAUACCCCAUCAUAGAAUCACCACCACUUCCUGACAGCAUCCAAUCCAGAGCAAAGCCCCGCUUCCUUGGGCUCUGUCCAAAAUCACUCAGUAUAAGCCCAAAUCCUAUACAAGCAUACCUGUGUUAUUAUGCUUCACAAGUAUUCCAUGUUUUACAAAUUGAAGGUCUGUGGCAACCCUGCAUUGAGUAAGUGUAUUGGCACUAUUUUCCCAACAGCAUUUAGCAUUUGUUCACUUCGUGUCUCUGUCACAUUUUGGCAAUUCUCCCAACAUUUCUAAAUUUUUAUUAUUAUUAUAUUUGCUCUGGUGAUCUCUGAUCAGUUAUCUUUGAUGUUACUAUUGUAAUUGUUUUGGGGUGCCACAAAUCACACCCAUACAAGAUGACAAAUGUAAUAAAUGUUGUAUAUGUUUUCAAGCUCCACAGACCAGUCAUUCCCCCAGUCUGUCUCCCUCUCCAGUCCCUGAGACACAACAAUAUUGAAAUCAGGCCAAUUAACCACCCGACAAUGGUCUCUAAAUGCUCAAGUGAAAGGAAGACUCACACAGCUUUCACUUUAAAGCAGAAGCUAGAAAUGACUAAGUUUAGUGAGGGAGGCAUGUCAAAAGCCAAGAUAGGCUGAAAACUAGGCCUUUUGUACCAAACAAUCAGCUAAAAUGUGAAUGCAAAGGAAAAGUUCUUGAAGGAAAUUUAAAAUGCUACUUCAGUGAACAUGCAAGUGAUAAGAAAGUGAAGUAGGUUCCCGGCGGUCUUUGGUUGGAGGGUACGGGUUUACAAAAACAUGGGAUUACUAUCUACAAAGUAUAUAGGACAGUAUGCAUCAACAAGAAAGAGAUUCACAUACCAAUUAAAAAACUGGGCAUAGAGAGAAAAAAAAAAGAAAAAAAUAGUCACAAGAUAAGAAAUACAAAUAUAAAAGAAGAAAUGCAAUUUUUCAUAAAUGUUGAAAAAAACCCUGUUUUACCCCAAACGCAUAAAAUGAUACUGCUGAUUCAGUCGGCGGGACCAUCAUUUCAGAUUUGAGUCCAGCUGCUUUUGUUGUCCCUUUCCGUAAAGCCUCAGCACUAUGAGCCUGGGAAACCCUGUAUUUGGGGAAGUUUAGCCUCUACCAAGUUGUGGGAGCUGGGGCCAGACAAGGGUUUGAAGGCGGCUGGGGGUCAGCCGCAUCACCUUCCCCACGUAGUACACAUUCCCACGGUCGCCGUGGUCCUCCGAGGGAGUCCCUGAGCAUCUCAGGCCGGCUUGUCCCAGAGGAAGGGCGUUCUAGCCGGCCGCCUACUCGAUGGUAGGGCUCCUGCUCUCUCGACCCCUGGCCGCUGCCAUGUUGGAGGCUCAGGCAGGGAGCCAUGGCUGCGAGCGGCCGGUGCACAGUCAGAGCUGCGCCAGCUCUGCCGGGCCGAUGCUGGAGGUGCGGCCGGGGCUGUACCUGGGUGGAGCCGCGGCCGUGGCGGAGCCGGACCACCUGAGACAGGUGGGCAUCACGGCCGUGCUGACGGUGGACUCGGAGGAGCCCGACUACAAGUCGGGGGCUGGAAUGGAGGGUCUGCGGAGCCUCUUCGUGUCGGCGCUGGACAAGCCCGAGACUGACUUGCUCAGCCAUCUGGACCGGUGCGUGGCCUUCAUCAGCCAGGCCCGCGCCGAGGGCCGCGCGGUGUUGGUGCACUGUCAUGCAGGAGUUAGUCGAAGUGUGGCUAUAAUGACUGCUUUUAUGAUGAAGACUGACCAGCUUACCUUUGAAAAAGCCUAUGAAAGUCUCCGGACCAUCAAACCAGAGGCUAAGAUGAAUGAGGGAUUUGAGUGGCAACUGAAAUUAUACGAGGCAAUGGGAUGUGAAGUAGAUACUUCUAGUGCAAUUUAUAAGCAGUAUCGUUUACAAAAGGUCACAGAAAAGUAUCCAGAAUUACAGAACUUACCUCAAGAACUCUUUGCUGUUGACCCAACCACCAUUUCACAAGGAUUGAAAGAUGGUAUUCUCUACAAAUGUAGAAAGUGCAGGCGAUCUUUAUUUCGAAGUUCUAGUAUUUUGGAUCAUAAUGAAGGAAGUGGUCCCAUAGCCUUUGCCCACAAGAGAGUGACACCAUCUUUCAUGCUCACCACAGGGAGUCAGGCUCAAUGUACGUCGUAUUUCAUUGAACCUGUACAGUGGAUGGAAUCUGCUUUGUUGGGCGUGAUGGACGGACAGCUUCUUUGCCCCAAAUGCAAUGCCAAGUUGGGUUCUUUCAACUGGUAUGGUGAACAAUGCUCAUGUGGUCGAUGGAUAACACCUGCUUUUCAAAUACAUAAGAAUAGAGUGGAUGAAAUGAAGAUGCUGCCAGUUUUGGGAUCACAAACAAGAAAAAUAUGAACUUGUGACAUUUUUGAUAGCUUGGAGAGAAACUUGCUGAUACGUGCUUCCCUUGCUUAUUGUCAUUCGUGGCAGAUUGUCUAGUUUGUAGGCCAUCAACAUUUCAUUUGACGUGAAGAGGAAACUGUGCUUUGUUAUUUGUUAGUCUCUUACACUAUUUAAGUAGAAUACAUGGAAAUCAAAACUUUAAUCAUGUAAAUUGUACUUUAUUUGAUAUUAAAAUUUUCUAUAACCCAUAUUCUUUGUUUCAUAUUUUUCAAAAGAGUUCUGAUUUUGGGUAUGUUAGUUAUGUGAUAUUAAGGUCUGGAUAGACAAUUAUUUAUAAAAAUUGGAAAUUAUCAUGUUUAAACAGAUUUUCUUUUAUUUCUAGAAAUGUAAAGCAGAUUUGUUUGCACAUAUUUUGAAACAUUUCUCUUUCUUUAAAUGACAUUAGUAAAUUUACAUAUGUCUGGAUUUUUCUUGGAACUGUAGAAGGAAGGGCUAUUAGAGUUGUUCUUAAGACAUUUUGCAUAUUUACAAGUGAGUAUGUCUAUAUGUAUAUAAACACCAAAAUGGGAGUAGUUUUAAAUGGAAAAAGUGAAAAUAAACCUCUUUAAAAAUA